GGCGCUGCUCAAGGGUUUAUCUCUCCCUCCAUGGCACUCAAGUUGCCAGCAAAAUGCCCAGUGGUCAUUCUGCCCGGCUUCGGCAAUGAUGCGCGAGACUAUACGAACCCACUGGACGGGGGGGAAGAUAAGGCUUUCGCAUCAGCUCUGGAACGUAGGGGCUUGAAGACCUUCGUCGUGCCGGUGGAACGAUCUGAUUGGCUCAAGGUGGCCAGCGCCGUCCUCACGCUAGACUUUUGGAAAGGCACCUGCCGGCCUGACGGACCGGCCUAUUCAUGGUAUUUGCAGAAGGUAAAGGAGACGGUGCGCACUAGUCUGGAGGAAACGGGGGCGGACAAAGUUCUGCUGGUGGGACACUCCGCCGGGGGGUGGUUGGCGAGAGCAACGUUAGCGGAAGGGGUGUGGGAAGAAGGCGUCGCCAGCGAAGAUGUCGUGGCUGGACUCGUGACCCUGGGGUCUCCACAUUUCGCGGGCCCGAUGGACAUGACUAGGGGAGCGUUGACCUUCACCAGCGACGAAUACCCGGGGGCGUUCCUUAAGGACAGAGGCAUUUUUUACGUUACCGUGGGCGGGGCGGCGCUCUUGGGGGAAAAGGAUGCGCCUCGAAGGAGCAGGGCGAGGUUCGCGUACGGGAGCUACCAGACCGUAUGCGGCGAGGGAGGAACCAUGGGUGACUCUUGUGUACCCCUCGUGUACGCACACCUCGAGGGGGCCGAACAGGUCACGUUGGACGGCGUGUUCCAUUCCGUGGACAAGCCAGACGAGUGGUACGGGUCCGAGGGAGUGGUGGAUCGCUGGCUUGCCACCGUGGCCCAAGAGCUCCGCCCUUCCGGCAGCAAAGGAGACGGAAUCGCGUCAUUCUCGGAUAUGUUCUCUGUGCCGUUCGCGAAGCUCUUCAGCUGAGGAAAUGUCAUUGUCACACCACUGCUGUAUGAAUGGGUAUGGGAGGGGGGGGCUAGUUGGUCACCCCGCCCGGCCCUGGCACGCUGGGGCGGUCAUUUAGCAGCGAGAGUGCAGCCGUCAAUUUUUUGCGAGGGCUAGAGCUGCAAAGCUGCAGGGCUUGCGUUGCGGAGGUGGAACUUUUGUACGUAAUGGGUGCCACGUUGUAGCUGCACUUCCUUUCUCUGGCAUCCUCGUAUGCGCUCGACAUCCGCUUGUCACGGAGCGUGCGAGGUAUGUAUAUGCGCAUCAAGGUUUCCACACACAGAUAAUUGAGACGUCACCAUG